CCUUGUAUUGAGCUGCUACACUGCGCUUCUGUGUUAAGAUCAUUCAAAGCAAAACGCGAAGAAAUAACGAGUGUGGUGUAAAUUAUUAUACUUGUCUAGGCUGUCUAAUUAAUACAGUGACUCUCACUGAACAGUCCCUAUUCAUUUACUAAUAGACAUCCCUCUAUACCCAGAGCUCCUCUGUUAGGAUGAAGACCAAGUUCACUUGCGGAGAUGAGAUGCCCAGCUCCCUGGAUCUGCUCAUUACCUCUGCCGGGGGGUUAGUGACCGCACAGCGGGUGGAGGCCGAAGCUGAAAGCCAUGAGAAGGAGGAGAGCUGCAGGGAGGAUGAGCCAGACAGCCGCACUAGGCUCAAGGCUUACCGCUGGUGUAAGGAGUUCCUUUCCGGGGCCUGGAAACACCUGGAUGAGGAUCGCUUCCAGAUCUCUAUAAUACGAGGUGGUUUGAGCAACAUGCUGUUCCUGUGCUCCUUACCCGAAGACGUGAAACUGGUAGCCAAUGAGCCUAAAUGUGUCCUCCUUCGGUUAUAUGGUGCCAUCUUGCAGAUGUCUUGCAAUAAAGGGGAUAGCCAAGAAACCCAAAGGGAAAAUUUCUUUCAAGGUGCAGAGGCUAUGGUAAUGGAAAGUGUAAUGUUUGCAAUAUUGGCAGAGCGAUCCUUGGGUCCCAAGUUGUACGGGAUUUUCCCACGAGGGCGUUUGGAGCAGUACAUUCCGAGUCGAAAGCUGGAGACAGAAGAACUGCGCUUCCCAGACUUAUCUGCUGAAAUAGCUGAGAAAAUGGCCCGCUUUCAUGGCAUGAGCAUGCCAUUCAAUAAGGAGCCCAAGUGGCUUUUUGGGACAAUGGAAAAGUACCUGAAGCAGGUAUUGAAAAUUAAAUUCACCAAGGAAUCGCAUGCCCGCAAGCUGAAUAAAUGUUUAAGCUCCAAUCUCCCCAAGGAAAUGGCAAAUCUAAGGUCAUUGCUGGAGGCUACUUCUUCUCCUGUCGUGUUUUGUCACAAUGAUUGUCAAGAAGGCAAUAUCCUCCUCUUGAAUGAGAGUGAAAAUUCUGAGAAGCAGAGUCUCAUGCUCAUAGACUUUGAAUACAGCAGCUACAAUUACAGGGGAUUUGACAUUGGGAACCAUUUCUGUGAAUGGAUGUAUGACUACACCUAUGAGAAAUUUCCCUUCUUCAAGGCCAGCUUUUCAAACUACCCUACAAGAAAGCAGCAGAUUCACUUCAUCUCCAGCUACAUGACAGAGUGUCAGCCAGGGUAUGAAAACCUCAGUAAUGAAGAGAGGAUCAAAAUAGAGAAUGAAAUGCUCACUGAAGUGAACAGGUUCGCUCUUGCAUCCCAUUUUUUCUGGGGUCUUUGGUCCAUUGUUCAAGCUAAAAUAUCUUCUAUUGAGUUUGGCUAUAUGGAGUAUGCCACUGCAAGAUUUGAUGCCUAUUUCCAGCAGAAGAGGCGAUUAGGACUGUGAUCCUCUAACUUUUACGUGGGGAAACAAUUGGACAAUCAUGCGUCAUUUCAGAUUUUCCAUAUUUACCCCGGAGGAAUUUCAAUAGAGAACUGUGAAAAUGAUGUUCACUGUGUUUACUACUUAGGAAGGACACAUUGUAAGUGAAGUACUUUGGUUUUAGGAAGGUUGAAGGUUUCUUUUCAUUUGUACACUUUACUCUGAAAGUUGUGAAAACAAAAUGUAAGUGUUAUUGCAAACAUUUGCCAAUUUUGUGAAUGUACAUAUUGUAUAAUUGUUUAAUAUGUUGUAAUAUUUCACCCUGUUUGAUGUGAUUAUACCGCCUCUUAAUUCUUACAUUAUAAGGUGGUUGUAACGCUGCAAGUCCCUCAAAAUUCAGUGUCUUCACCCACAUUCCUGCAUUCAAUUCUACAUGUCAUUGGUAGACGGUCGCCUGUUGCAGUGAACAAGAGCUGGGCAAUUUCAGUGCAUUGAUAAUACUAAUGAACCAAUAAGGCCAAAUCUGGCUAGUCUUGGAUGGGGCGAUCACUUGAUCAAUCAUUUUGAUCUACGUGUAUUCUAUAAUGGAAUAGCAUUUCUCUCUAGCGCCUCUUCAGAACUGUAGUUGGUCAUGCCAGUCAGAGACCCAUGGUCUCUGGCCUCAGAUUAAGCUUUCUUUCCAGUUUGUCAUUGCCCUCCAUUUGGGUAGGAGACACUAAAGCUGAAAAGUGGUGGAUUCUGGGACAGGUUUCAUCCAGUCCCUCAGUACGUCUACUAAUAAUGUUACUUGAAGAUUGGUGAAGCACAGUUUGCAAUGUAUUCCAACAUCUACUGACAACUCUUCUACAUAGACUAUAUUUUGUGAUAUUAAGUGAAUCAGUUUAGAUCUUGACUAUAUGUACAAUUCAGUGUAAUAGCCAGAUUUAACGUGUUACGCUUGACUGACUAAUGCAUUAGUUAAAUGCAUUUUUUUUUUUUUUAAUCUUAUAAAAUGUUAUCCAUUUCUAAACACAUUUCAGACCACGUACAAUGAUGGUUUGGGGCUCUUCCAUGCCUGACUCUGUAUAAUUUACCAUUGAAAGGUGCACAUGCGUGACUAAUUAGAACAGAAAAAUGUUUACCCUUGCAAAUUUACCAAGGUCUCUGCUGUACUACAGCAAUGCCUAGCCAAUGUAAACAUUAUAUACUAGGCCUCAAUUAAUGCUCAUGCAACAAUCCAGUACUGAGCAUCAUGGGAAACCGUCCACAACAUCCGCAGUGCCAAAAGCUAAUUAUCACAUCUGCAGGCAGGUUGCUAAACCAGAGCUAUACAAAAUGUAGCUGUGAUUCUUUCUGGCCAGCCAUAAUACUAGCUGUGUUUAUAGUUUACAGCUGGAGCUUUCUCCUAAGAUAUUUUUAGUGUAUAUAGCACACUAUAUAAAAUCUUCUGUUAUGAGCGUAGAGCACAGUCAUUAUAAACUACAGCCAUACAUGUUUUACAUUUAAAAAAUAACCUUUAUUAUGGCCAUUUAACAUUUUCUGUAGACACUUUUUUCUUGUAAAUAAGUCCUCUUUAUAUUGUGAUAUAUGCUUCAUGCAUUUAUUUUCUUUAGUUUCUUUUUGAAUCAGGUCCUCGCUCACUGUGAAGUUCAGAUUGUAAAGAGGAAGGUAGGGAGACAUGCUUAAAGCUAAAAUACUAAAGUAGUUUACAACUAGCGAUAUGUUGAUAUACUAUGUUGUCCAGGUCUGCUAAACCUCUCACACGAAACACUUACAAGCAAGAGGGAUGAUCACUUGCUCUCCAUCUUCUCUAGAACAUCUUGCAGGAUUAAUGAUAUGUGGGAGGUAAAAUAAACUCCUCUGAGUUUUAUGUGCCUAGUUACAAGGGAGCUGGAUACAGACUCCUAUUCCAAAAUUCUACUUUUUUUUGUGAAUAGCAAGACUGUAAUACUAAUUAAUUCACCUGAGAAUGUAGGGGAGACCAGCUGAGCCCUCAUAUGCUAUUUGUAAAAAUAA